AUGGCAGACUCGACGACAACCCAACGGGCGGAGGAGCUGGUGACNCAGGCCAGAGCAUGCUUCGAACAACGCCAACUUCAGAAAGCAACCCAACUAGCCAAGGAAGCAGCAUCUCUGGCACCUACGAACCAAAACGUUCAAGCCCUGGUUCAAUCUCUGUCAAAUGCAGAUUCAAAUGGAAGUCAGAUUCUGUCUUUGGUCAAAAGCUAUGUGGAGAAUGGAGACGAGAAAGAUGGCCAAGAAGCUGUCAAAUUGUUGAAGCAACAUGCUGCUGUACCCACCGAUCAGGUUACUGAUGUCGCUCAUUUGCUCUUCGACCAUGAUGGAAAGCCUACAGACAUCAGAGAUCAGUUGACUGGUGCUUUCGUCGUCAACUCUGCCGCAGCACGCAAACAGCUUGCCAGCAGGAUCCAAGUCGGCACAGAAGCAACCCGAUACUUCCGUCUACUCUGGAGACGUGGUGAAUAUAGUUUCAACAGUAUACUACCCGUUCUCUUGGAUGCAGGAGCAUGGCCCAACGCAGACAUACAGACACAAGCCAAACGAGACGCUUUCCUACUUGCCCUAGGCAAACUCCUAGAUCCAGCUCUGGAGCAUGGCGAGUGGAGCAUGACCUUAAUUGCCAGACUGCUCACUAGCAAUGCGCAUGACAUGGCAGGCCUCAUCGACCGCGAUGCCUUUGAGAUUGUCCUCGCGCAGCUGGAUAUCCGUCUCGACGCCAAAAUCAGAGCACAGGCAACACUGGCUGUUGCAAAACUACUGGAAGAAACUUGCGAGGAGGGUGAAGCCAUAUUUAUGGAUUACAUCACCAAUGGUGUCGCCAAAGGACAUAAUGACGAGUUGAUUGUGGCCUUUUCCGCAGCGGCUUCGGUGUUUCCUCUGGUGCCGCAGACUGUGGCUAAAUUGUUCCUCACUCCUGGGUUCUUGGAAGGCUUGGUACCUGUGCUGGAGAGAAACUCGAUGGGACAGAGAAAGUCACACCGCCUCGAACAGGCAGCCAUGGAGUUGAUGAGUGCAGCCUGUGUAGACAAGGCAUGCAGAGAGAGUAUCUCCAAGAUUGCCUACAACUGGCUCGAUGAUGUGGCACAUACGAGUACAGAGGCAGAGGCGGCGAGUAUGGCUGCGUUGGUACUGGCAAAGAUUCCGCCAAAGCCCGAAUCUGAGGAGUCUUCGGUGUCACACGCAGACGACCUUUCAACUCUUCUAGUAAACCUCACACUCAACGCCAGCAGUCCUGCCGAGCAACAGAGCUCGAUAGAAGGUCUUGCAUACACAUCGCUCCAGCCCAAGAUCAAAGCGGACAUCGUGUCCAACUCUGCCCUACUCAAGAAACUGAUCGAACGUCUCAAAUCGACUACGACGGCAGACCCUUGCACCUUUGGCACCUUGACCAUCUUCUCGAACCUGGUCUCAUACCGACCAGCCCAGAGCGAAGAGCAGCAAAAGAUGUCCCAGCUCAAGAACUACGCUGAAGCCAAGAAACAAGAAGAACAAGAUCCCUUGGAUGACGAGAAGCAUGUAACAGCACGCUGCAAGACAGUGCUAGACGCAGACCUCGUGCCCGUCCUCGUAGCAGCGGCUAGAAGCCACUACACAGUGACAAUCCUCGGUAUAGCAGCAAAAGUCCUCCACGCCCUCGCACGCGAGCAAAAACAUCGCGGCAAACUCGCCCAACAAGGCGCCGUAAAGCUCCUCCUCCAAACCAUCGACCGUCUCCAAACACCCACAGGCCCUGCCUCAUCUUCCGACUCUGCAACUGCAGCCAUCCACCUGGCUGCUCACGCACUCGCCCGCAUCCUCAUCUCCGUAGACCCCCACCACGUCUUUAGCAGAGCCAUGCCCGCCAUCUCCGCCUUACGCCCCCUAACCCUGCUCCUCACCCCCGACACCACAUCCGAAACCCGCGAUCUGCUGCCUGUCUUUGAGUCUCUACUCGCCCUCACCAAUCUCGCCUCCCUCGAAGACGAUACCGUCAAAGACGCCCUCCUCCGCAACGCCUGGGACCCGACCCAAGACCUCCUCCUCUCCUCCAACAAACUCGUGCAACGCGCUGCCGUAGAGCUCGUCUGCAAUCUCAUGGCUUCNCCCGCCGGUGUCGCCAAAUACGCCGAUGGCAGUGCGGCUGCCAAACAACGCUUACACAUCCUUUUGGCACUCGCGGAUGCAGAAGACGAUGCCACCAGACGCGCUGCAGGCGGUGCGUUGGCAAUGCUGACCGAAUGGGAUGCAGCUGCAAAGGCAGUGCUUGAACAUGAGCGUGGCGUGGCUAUUUUGCUGGAUAUGUGUGCUGACGAUGCUGAUGAUGUCAAACAUAGGGGUUUGGUGUGUGUACUGAAUAUCGUGUCUGCUCCCGGCGAUAUCGGUGCAAAGGGACUGGAGAAGGUUUUGCAGAAUGAUGGGGUGGAAGAGAUCAAGGCUUCGCUGCGUGAGUGCAGGGAUCCGAAUGUGAUGGCUGUUGGUGUCGAGGUUCUCAAGGCUAUUCUGGCCAAGGAUGGGGCCAACAAGGGUAAAGCGAUUACACAGAGUUAG